CACACCGCAUUCAUGAUACCCCAAGACGACUACGAUAUGAUACCCAUCAAGAAUAUAAAGACUGGAGUUGUAUAGCCCACCUCGGAAGCGUUCCGGGUGUGGCUUGCUUUUGUUUGGAUUUCGUUUUAAUCACAUGCCACCCAGCGCUUCGGCGUUCCACUUCGUGGUCAUCACUCAGCGGUUCAUCGCUGCUAUUGUUAUCUUGCAUCAGGUAACCCAGCGCUUAGGCGUUCUCAUUCCUUUCUCGAGUAUCGAUCCACCCGAUGUUUCGACGCUCUUCUGGCGGCCAUGUUGUUGCGCCACCUGGCUCUCUUGUGCCCGCUUUAGCCAUGUGGUAGUCUUCCACCCAGCGCUUCGGUGUUUCAUUAUACGGCUGUUGUAUAUAGCCCUUAGAGUUCUUAGCCCAUUAAGGGAUAGAUGUUCUGCAUGGAGUGUCUAUCCGUUACUGUUGGUUCUUAAAUACAAGCACUCGAACUCUAGACCUCCUUCUUUCCCCAGUAUGUGUCAUAGUUGUCACUCGUCUUUUGAAUUGUAUCGUCUGGGGGCAGAACCAUGGUCUCUCAUUACCAGGACCCGAAGCAGUGAUUUCCCCAUAUGAGCACCUGUCUAAUGUACAGCGUGAAAUCUUGCUGCAAGUAUGCCGCGUAUAUCCAUCGUCAAUCUCCAAGGUUAUAUUCCCAACGCCAAUGCCAAAGCCAAUGCCAACGCCAAUGCCUCACACGACAUGACUCUCCGAUGCCUGGAUGGAUAGAAAUGUAGGAAUCAUGACGACUUCAACCAGUCGUUACUUG